GGGCUUCUCUGCUCGCGCUCAGGGCUGCUUGCGAAACCCAGCGGGACAGACACAAGGCCAGGGAAACGAUUAGACUGUGGGCAGAGUGUCUCCAGAAUGACCAAGUUCUCCCUCUCAGGGGCACCACCACGCGACGCUUUGUGGGCCACACCAAGGAUGUGCUGAGCGUGGCCUUCUCCUCUGACAACCGGCAGAUCGUCUCUGGGUCCCGAGACAAAACCAUCAAGCUGUGGAACACUCUGGGCGUCUGCAAGUACACCGUCCAGGAUGAGAGCCACUCAGAGUGGGUGUCUUGUGUCCGCUUUUCACCCAACAGCAGCAACCCCAUCAUUGUUUCCUGCGGCUGGGACAAGCUGGUCAAGGUAUGGAAUCUGGCUAACUGCAAGCUGAAGACCAACCACAUCGGCCACACGGGCUACCUGAACACUGUGACGGUCUCUCCAGAUGGAUCCCUCUGUGCUUCUGGAGGCAAGGAUGGCCAGGCCAUGCUGUGGGACCUCAACGAGGGCAAGCACCUGUACACGCUGGACGGCGGGGACAUCAUCAACGCCCUGUGCUUCAGCCCCAACCGCUACUGGCUCUGUGCUGCCACGGGCCCCAGCAUCAAGAUCUGGGACUUAGAGGGCAAGAUCAUUGUAGAUGAGCUGAAGCAGGAAGUCAUCAGUACCAGCAGCAAGGCAGAGCCACCCCAGUGCACCUCUCUGGCCUGGUCUGCUGAUGGCCAGACUCUGUUUGCUGGCUACACAGACAACCUGGUGCGAGUGUGGCAGGUGACUAUCGGUACUCGUUAGAAAUUUGUGGCAGAGCUUUAGAAAUAAAAAAAAAAUCUGGUUUUCUGA